CAACGCCUUUACUCGGAACGGAGACCCUUUCACCCACCUAUCUCUCUCUCUCUCAUAUUUGAUUGUUUUCUCUCUCCUUAAAAUCCACUUCUUCUCUCUCGCUCUCUCCUUCUCUAUCUGGCCGCCACGAAAAACUGCUUCAACCCAUAAAGUAGUAGUGGAACCGAGACCCCCCAUUUGAGCAGCUACCCUCUCUACCCUCUUAGAUUUGUAGCACUCUCUUCUUCAAGUUUUGCAUAUUUUCCCAGAUUUAUUUGUUGUCUUUACCAGCGAAGAAGAUGAAUGACCUCUUCUCCAGCUCCUUCUCUCGCUUCCGAAGUGAUGACCACUCGCCGGACCACCACGUCAUCGAGAUGGCCUCGUCGGGUUCCACCGGCGUCAACCUUGACAAGUUCUUCGAGGACGUCGAGUCCGUCAAGGACGAACUCAAGGAGCUCGACCGCCUCAACCAGGCCCUCCGCAGCGCCCACGAGCAGAGCCAGACCCUCCACAACGCCAAGGCCGUCAAGGACCUCCGAUCCCGCAUGGACGCCGACGUCUCUCUCGCCCUCAAGAAGGCCAAGCUCAUCAAGGUCAAGCUCGAGGCCCUUGACCGCUCCAACGCCGCCAACCGUAGCCUCCCCGGCUGCGGACCCGGUUCCUCGUCCGACCGUACUAGGACCUCCGUGGUGAACGGUCUCAGGAAGAAGCUCAAAGACUCCAUGGAGAGCUUCAACACUUUGAGGCAGCAGAUCUCCUCCGAGUACAGGGAGACCGUACAACGGAGGUACUUCACCGUUACCGGUGAAAAUCCCGAUGACAAAACCGUUGACCUUCUCAUCUCCACAGGUGAGAGUGAGACAUUCUUGCAAAAAGCGAUUCAAGAGCAAGGGAGGGGAAGAGUUAUGGACACUAUACAUGAAAUUCAAGAGAGGCACGAUGCGGUCAAGGAGAUGGAGAAGAACCUGAGAGAGCUCCACCAGGUGUUCUUGGACAUGGCGGUGUUAGUCCAGGCACAGGGCGAGCAAUUGGACAAUAUCGAGAGCCAUGUCACCAGAGCCAACUCGUACGUUAGGGGUGGAACACAGCAGUUGCAUACAGCUAGAGUGUUACAGAAAAACACCCGGAAAUGGACCUGUUUUGCUAUCAUAUUAGUGCUGGUUAUCGUUUUGUUGGUGGUGCUCUUUACGGUCAAGCCAUGGGAAAACAAUGGCGGCGGCGGCGGCGGCGGCAGCUCUCCUGCAUCUGCUAGCCCACCCCCUCCUGCUAGCCCCAGCCCUCCUGCGUAGGAAGGAUCGCCGACUCUGUAUACAUGGGUCUGUCCUGUGCUGCAAUGCAUUAUGGUUCAUCUUUGUAUUGAAGUUUGAGAACUCGACCUAUAUAUAUUUUUUUGUAUUAAUUGAUUUCAUUUUUUUAUAUAAAUUUUGUGGGAUUGAGAUAA